AUGCUCCGGCCGCUGUCGUUCUUCCGGCGCCGCGUCCUCACCGCUGCCCUCAAACUUCUCGCCCCGCCCAUCUCCCGCUCCCUCUCGACCGCCGCGGCACCGGCAGCCCGCAAGCCGAGCACCGCCGUGGCCGUCCUCUGGGACCUGGCCGCGUCGCGUCCCCCCACCACGCUGCCCCUCUACGACGCCGCCCACGCCAAGCGCCUCGCCCGCAUCGACUCCUCUCGCGGCGACCGCCGCGUGCGCCUCGCCGCCGCGCUCUCCCUCAAGCUCUCCAAGUACGAGAAGGCCGCCCGCGAGCUCACCGCGGGCGCGGACGCCGCCGCCGCCACCCCCGCCGACGAGAUCGGGCGCGCCGGCGUCCGCGUCGCACUCACACGCACCCCCGCCGCGUCCCUCCGGGAACGCGCGCAGCAGGUGCUCGACGAAGGGUCCGUGGGGUGCUUGAUGCUGGUCUCUGGCAAAGACGAGCUCGCCUCCCUGCUUCGGGUGGCGAGGGAGAGGGGCGUGCGAUCGGUGGUGGUUGGCGGGGAGUCCGGGCUGGCGAGGUGGGCGGACGUGGGGUUCAGCUGGGCGGAGGUGAUCACAGGGAAGGCCAGGACGGCUGCGCCGUCAGUGUCUGGGAAGUGGCGGGACAGGGAUGUGCUCAAGGGGCUAGAGUGGAGGUACGAGGAGGACGAUGAGGAAGAGGUGGUGUUCGAGGACAGCGACGGCGAUGGUGCCGAGGAGUUGGCACGCAAGUCGAAGGGGAAGCCGUGGUGGAAGUUGGACUCUGACGGCGAGGAUUCCAGCAACGGUAGCUGA